AUAAUUUUAGCUAACCCUAACACUUUUCCUAACCUACUACCUUAAUUAUCCUAACCAGCUGCUUCAGUUUUGCUGACUUAGGAAAAGGGAGGCAAGAGAGGGCAAGAGUAAAGAGGACGCAGGAGUUGCGCAAAUCCAAUUGAGAAAAAGCAUGGCUUCCAUACAUUAACCAUACACAUCCUAUCUGCCUGACGGCUUCACUAAAGAAACUCAGAGCCUUGUGUAUAGAUAAGAACGUUUACUCUCCUCCCCAGCCUGAAAUCAAACUCCCAACUCUAUUCAUGCUGUUGAAUAGCACACCUGCCUGCCAUGUCCUGUAUGACGACUAGACUGACUGCAUCAGGCCUUCCCAACGACAUUUUAUGCAAAACAUCAUGUUUCCCUCCAUAGGAUGUCAUCAUUUGAUUUGAAUACGACAUCAGUUGACCUUUUUAGAUUAUGAAUUGUUUUGUCAUAAGAUAAGUGUUUGCUUUAGGGCUCAGUCUAUAAUAUAACUAGGCUUGCAAAAAAAAAAUGUAUCAAAGGAGAGUUGUUGGACAUUACAAGCUGACGUUAAUUUGCGUUUAUGUGGGUCGGUCUGUUUUUACCCGUUUUUUUCUAGUUUUACAUUCAAGAGGGAAAUUGAAAACCGUUCGUCUCAUUUGCAUAACGUUUUCUCACCGGGGAGAAAGAGGACUCCCCGUACUUCCAUACAUCAUGCUCGAGCCUCAUCUACAUGAGAACUGUCCCCGCGCACUGACGGGACUUGACCACAAUAAAGACAGAUGCUCGCAAGCCUUUAUGUGGUUAACUGAAAAGGAAUUAAGGCGCGUGGUGUUUUAAAAGAAGGUGCCUUGGCAUGUUUUAUUUUCUCUCUCUGACAAUAUUGAGACGAAUUGUUAAAAAUCAAUGUAUGAAUGAACAGAGGAUCUGAAAAAAAUGCUGUGUUAUCAAUGGAUCUGGGUUGAUAGGACAACCUCGAAUUUUGGGAAAUGUUUAGGUCUGUCAUUUUAUUUCACGAUGACAUGAGUUAUUUGACCUAUAGUUGUAACAGAGGACUUUAAAAUAUUAAAUAGGCCUACCUAAUUGAUGACAGCAUCCACGGUGUCUGUCUAAGUAGGCUAGUGCGAGUGUGUUGGCCCACACUGUUUUUCAUUUUGGUGUCACAUUUUAUGUUGUGCAAAUCAUCAGUUAUUGUUUCAAGUGCAUUAAGGGGUGUUGGGGCUAUGCGUUCCCUCAUGAAUGAUAAUCAGUGAGAUGGCUGUUGAGAAUAGAAUAGAACACUAUUUGAUCUGUGAUUGUAGAGAAAGGCGCUCGCUCUUGAGAAUAAAGAACAUCUGCCUCAGUUGAGCGCUUUCAUGACGGGCACACGGAAACUAUGGAAACUGGAUCACUAAGGUACUGGAAUUAACCGAACCGUUUGUUGGGCGAUAGCCCUUGUGCGUCUGUCCGAUUCUCUUCAUACUCUUGGCCGGGAUUUUGAUGCUGUCCAGCCACAAACGCACUUCGCCCGCCGCUUCUUGAGGGUCGAGUGUGUGUGCGAGUGAGUGAGCGAGCGAAUGAAUAAUCCUUUAGAUUCAGUAACAACACCAUUGAGGGAACUCUGCCCGAGUCGUCCAGUCUAGAGAGAAAUUGAGAGUGAAGGCGAGACGCUGCACGGGGACAAUGUCCUGAUCCACAACCGUUUACUUUAUGGCUACAGUUUAACAGGACCAAACGGAUGACUUGCUAAAUAUAGACAACUAUUAACAAACGUUUUAGUUGAUGACAACAUUUACUUACUGGUGUGGUUUUGCGAGUUGAUUUGGGUUCAUUAGACAUCUCACCAAUCCUCUCCACACACGGACCUUCUCUGCUGUGCUGAACGUUUUUUCUAAAAGGCAUCCCCAGGUGAUGACCUCACUACUGUUCUCCAGCCCCACCCACGUUGUCAUGAAGGACCGCGAGCUGCCGUCAUCCUCCCUCACCCUCCUCCACUACACCGGGACGGCAGUGCCUGUCAAGACACCCGGGGGUGGCCCCUUACCCUCCUCCUCCACCACCCUCCACACCUCCACCUCUCCAUCCCUCUCCAAACCUCAGCCAUUCUGCCUGCAGACCCUCCAGACCGGCCCUCACCUCCUCGCCAGCAUGCAGCUCCAGAAACUCAACUCCCACUACCAGAGUCUGGCUGGAGGUAUAAGUGGGGGCGUAGCCUCUGGGCCCACGUCAGGACCUCAGAGGGGGUUUGGGGCCUCAACGCUGGGCUCGGCGGGGCAGCUGGUGGGGGUUACCCCUGGAGGUGUUGGAGGGAGGAAUCAGGGCUGUGGGGGGAUUAUUGACUCUGACCCGGUGGACGAGGAGGUUCUGAUGUCGUUGGUCGUAGAGCUGGGGUUGGACCAGGCUAACGAGCUGCCUGAACUCUGGCUAGGACAGAACGAGUUUGACUUCAUAGCGGAUGUACCUGCCGGAUGCUGACCCACCCAAAUGGAGGGAUGAAAGGAGGGGAUCUGUGCUCUCUCAUUCUUUCCUUUUCAUUACUCUCUAGGUUGGAUUGACAUAAACUCUAAUGUCCCGGCUGGGUGCUCACCCAAACACACGAAAUUAGACAUUUUUUGGGGGGGGUCACCCUCUGUUUUUCUCUAAAGGACAAGUUAUGGACACAACCUGACGCAAAAAGAUCAUGCUGUUCUCUUGUUUUUCCUGUGUCCCAUUCUAAAUUUAAAGGAGAAAGGAUAGACACAGGGUCUAAUGUUUUUGUGUGUCUCACUGAAAAUACUAUGUUACUGAGGGAACCUGAGCCUCGGGCCUGUCUGUCAAUUUCACUCUACUUCCCAAGGGCCCCCUACACACACACCGGCAGAAGGAGGGAUGGAUGGUAUUACGAUCCGGUAAUGGAAGUAGCAGCCGUGAAACAGGCACUUGUCACUUAUUCAGUUACCCCAACAUUCAGGAGAGUUCAGCAGGUUUGAUGGAACACCAGGGUGUGUGUGUGUGUGUGUGUGUGGGGGGGGGAUUGUUCAGGUCCCUGUGACAUAAGACAGACAUGACAGGAGGCAUCAGAAGCCUGUGUAGUCUCGGUGGACCGGUGUAACCUGACCUGUAUGGUGCUGUCAGUGUCUGUAUCUAAAUAAAUGAAUGAGUCUUAACGUCCGUGGUCUUCGUGUACCUGGUAACUCUGUAGGUGAAAUGAAUCAUAGUUCCACCCCCCUGCCCCAUCAUUCUUUCUGUCUAUUAUAAGUCCCCCCCCCCCCCCCCCUCCAUCUCUGUCCCCUGUGGUCCUAGAGCCAAGAUGCUCCAUUACUACCUACUCUGCUGUUGUACCGUCAAUGUGUAUGUCCAAAAUGGCACCCAAUUCCUUAUAUAGCGCACUACUUUUGACCAGGGCCCAUGCACUACUUUUGACCAGAGCCCUGUGUGUCCUGUUCAAAAGUAGUGCUGUUUUUAUAUGUAUAUAUGAGAGAAUAGGGUGCCAUAUAGGACAUGUACAAUAGUUCCUGAGGGUUACAGGUAAUGAGGCGGUUAAAGAAGGGUGACUUUAAAAAAUGUUGUAUUUUUUUUGGAGAGGGGUUGACUUGUGAGAGCUGAAGGCUAAUUAAUUAUAAACUAAUGAUUGCGUAAAUUAAUUAUUUUUUUGAACAGUACCUGUUCAGAAGACUACAGAAACAAGAUUACCUCUUAAUAAAGAGGAAAAGUUCCAAUUGACUAAGUUCCCAUGUUCCAAUUGUGAGUCACUUGGCAUCAUCAUGCUUCUUUCACCAUGUGAUACGAUGGUGUUUUUACCUUUUCGAGUUAGUCAGUCAGUAGGCCGGCAGUAGACUAAAGCAGGAGUAGGCUACAUAUCUAAACAGGGUCCUUAUUGUUUUGUAGUUUUAGUUGCUGGAUCACUUGAUCGUAAGAGAGCACGAGUGUGUGUGUGACUGCUUGCAUGGGAAAGUAUUCCUGUAAGUUUCCCUUUAAGUUUUGACUCCAAGGAAAUGCAAGAUAACUACACCAACUUAUUUCCUAAUCAGAAACCCUUUGAGCUUCCAGACUAGCAAGAACAUUUACUUUUCAUUAAAUGUUUGUUUUACUUUCCUUAUGACAUAUCUGAUAUUUUUGUGGUCAUUUUCUUUUUGUUUUAGCUUGAGAAACACUUCUUGCUAUUGAUUUUGUAAAGGAAAAAAAAUGUUGGAGAAAAAAAAAAGAAUCACUUGUCUAGCUACUGCACUGAUUGUAUGGUCCUAAGUUUCUCUCUUUAAAUCACACCUUUUUUUUAAUUGAGGCCUUAUUUUAGAAAGGGGGAGGGACCUAUUUCUUUUUUCUCUUUUUUGUUUUUGAAAUGACAGGUGGAAUCAUAACUGAUGUUGAUUUUUGUUUUAGCACUUUCUCCGUUUGCAUCUCAUUUGUAUCUUUAUGAAAAUAUGUACUAGAUCAUAUUUAAAUGCUUGUAUUUUUGUUACUUCUCUGCAUUUGGGGGAAAAUAAAGAAUACAAACCUGAA